AUGCCUCGACGGCGCGCCUCCGUAGAGGAUUCCGACUCUGAGCGUCGAGGCCCCUUCACUCGACGCGGACAAGAAAUCCGCGAAGCCCUCCAGACAAAGAACAUUGACAGACAGGUGCUCAGGGCUCUGGACCAGACCUUCUGCAUCGGCUUCCAGGCUUUCACUCUCUACGACGCCAUCGACGACCCCAGGUUCAACGCUGCAAACGGGGUUCCGGGAUACACAAUCGUGGAAACUGCCGAGGCGGCGGCGACGGAGCGGAAUCUGAGUCUGCGCCAGAAGAGGGCCCUCUUCACCCUCAUGGGCUGGUGGUUCGAGUGCAUCAGCUGCAGGAUGUACAAGUCGGCCAUGGACUAUGAGGGCACGGCUAUUCAGAUGCAGAGUCCUCCACAUCUCGAGUUCGAACCAUGCCAUGCCAUUAUUGCACAGAUGCACCCAUUUCACCUGAAAUGA